UGAAACAAAAAAACGAUAAACUCGAAGCGAUUUAUGUCCAACUUUGCUGUUUACCGGGUUGCUGAUAAACAAGCAAAGACUUUGAACCGGUUUAAUAUUUUUUUAUCUAUUAACACAGUGACAAUGGCAGCGAAAAGUUUAGCUCGGUUUGUAGUCUCCAGAAUUUCAACCCCUAUCUCGAAUAAGGGAUUCGUGAACAACCCCAACGUCAAAUUUUACAGCGUUCAAAAAAACUUCGAAUUUAUUAAAACGCACAAAACCGGAGCUCGCAACAACGUGGGGGUGAUAACCCUGAACCGGCCCAAGGCCCUAAAUGCCCUUUGCAACGGUCUUAUGCAAGAAGUGGCCGAUGCUUUGGACGUGUUCGAGAAAGACAAGGAAAUUGGGGCUAUCAUAAUCACCGGUAGUGAAAAAGCUUUCGCUGCGGGGGCCGACAUCAAAGAAAUGCAAAACAACACUUAUUCCCAAUGCGUCAGUGGCAACUUCCUGGCCCAUUGGAACCGCGUCUCCGAGAGUGUGAAGCCCGUGAUUGCGGCCGUCAACGGCUACGCUCUGGGGGGCGGUUGCGAGCUGGCCAUGAUGUGUGACAUCAUCUACGCCGGCGAGAACGCCAAGUUCGGACAGCCGGAGAUUUUAAUCGGGACCAUCCCCGGCGCGGGGGGCACCCAGCGGCUGACGCGCGUGGUGGGCAAGUCCAAGGCGAUGGAGAUGGUGCUCACGGGGGACCAAGUGCCGGCGCACGAGGCCGAGAAAAUGGGGCUGGUUAGCAAAGUCUUCCCCGUCGAUAAACUAAUGGAGGAGGCGGUCAAAUUGGGGGAGAAAAUCGCCAAAAACUCGCAUCUGGUUAAUGGGAUGUGCAAGGAGUCGGUCAAUACGGCCUAUGAGACCACCCUGAGAGAGGGGCUGCAUUUUGAGAAGAGGAUGUUCCACGGGACCUUCGCCACCAAGGACCGCAAAGAAGGGAUGACGGCGUUCGUUGAAAAACGGGCCCCCAAUUUCACAAACGAAUAGUUUUUUAAUUUUUAAUAAAGAAUAUUGUUAUUCAA